GUUCGCUCAGUACGAUUCGGGAGAGCCGGAAAGUGUACUGGCAGUGGUUGGUGGUGGUAGGGAUCGGCUCGAAGAUCCUGUUAAGAAGUUUAUUUUGUAAAAAAACGAAACAGUGUAAUCGUUGGUAGUUGAACUUGUGUCAUUUUUGCAGAAUGUCGCGUAAAAUGAUUUGGUGCAUUGUUGCCUGCACCGUAAUUGCUAUCGUUCAGUGGGGCCAAGCGACCUGUAGCCCGCUAAUUCCCACGGAGGAACUAUCGUCGACGACAGCGACUCUUCGUGCCCGACCAGAGGAGUAUCGGCUGACAGAUGAUAUCGUGCCAUCGCAUUACGAUAUCGAAAUCAAACCCUACUUCGAACCGGAACCGAACCGAUCGGCCUUCUCGUUCGAUGGUAGCACCACGAUAACGGUCACCGCGGCCGCGGAGAAAAUUGAUCAGAUCAAACUACACACGUCGAACCUCGAUCUACUGUCCGUCAGUGUGCUGCGGAAGAGUAAUAGCGCUCCGGUUCCGCUGAUCAAUCGAACAUACGAUGAGGAAACGGAGGUACUGACACUCAUCCUUAGCACGGAGCUGUUGCGGAACGUGGAGUAUCUGCUCGUCUUUUCCUACGUCGGCCAAAUGGAGGAAGAUAUGCGUGGGUUCUACCGGAGCUACUAUACGGAGAACGGGGUAAAGGUGUGGCUGGGAACUACACAGUUCGAACAGAUGGAGGCUCGCAAAGCGUUCCCGUGUUUCGAUGAGCCCAAGUUCAAGUCUCAGUUUGAUCUGAAGAUCGUCUACCAACACCCAAAAUACACGCCCUACGCAAAUACACCGUUGGUGAGAAACGAUUCCCUAGGUAAUGGACGAUAUCGGGCAACUUUUGCUACCACCCCGGUCAUGUCCACGUAUCUGCUGGCUUUCAUCGUCGCACCGUACGUAAAGACCGGGGUCGAGCCGGUCCCAAUUCUUGCGCGACCUGAGGCGACCAAUCAAACCGAGUACGCUUCAAGUGAAGGUCGGAAGCUGUUACAGCACUUAGGCACCUGGAUUGAUUAUCCGUUCGACAAAGUACCGGAAAUCAAGAGUAUGGCCAUGGCGGCCAUUCCGGAUUUUGCGGCGGGUGCGAUGGAAAACUGGGGCCUGAUUACGUACCGUGAGUCAGCGUUGUUGUACGUCCCGGACGAGGCCACUAGUCUGCAGCAGCAGCGCGUUGCUACCAUCAUCUCACACGAGCUCGCUCAUCAGUGGUUCGGCAAUCUGGUCACGUGUGAGUGGUGGAACGUAACCUGGCUCAACGAAGGAUUUGCUACCUACCUGGAGUACUUUGGAACCGAUUCGGCCGAACCAAGCUGGGAGCUAGGCCAGCAGUUUAUCGUCGAUAAGCUGCAGAGCGCAAUGCAGGCGGAUGGUUGGCCAGAAACGCACCCUAUGACACAUCCCGUCUAUACGAAGACCCAAGCAGCCGCCAUAUUUGAUGCGAUCUCGUACAACAAGGGAGGAGUGGUGCUAAGAAUGAUGGAGCACUACCUGACGAGCGUCGUGUUCCAGACGGCAUUGAGGGAGUAUGUCAAGGAGCGAGCCUUUAAAACGUCCCAACCGGAGGAUCUUUUCAGAGCAUUCGAUCGGCACAAUGCCAAUGCUAGCGAGUACAUAAAACCAUGGACCACACAGCCCGGCUAUCCGCUGGUUACUGUCACUAGUGAUCCGGAAGGGUUUAACCUCACCCAGCGUCGCUUCCUGUACAAUGGCACGACCGAUAGCAACGAAGUCAUAACGUGGCCACUGCCCAUCACCUACGCCACCACCGAGCUAGAGUUCGCCCACACAAAGCCAACGAUCGUCACUAGUUCAAGCUUUCAAAUUAAGCUAGCUAAUGCCAGCGAGCUGCCGUACUUCGUGCUCAACAACCAGCAGGCCUUCUACUAUCGGGUAAACUAUGACGAAGAACUCUGGACAAAGAUUGGUAAUGCUUUGCGUAGCGAUAAGUUCGGUGGUAUUCACGUGCUAAAUCGUGCGCAAAUUGUGGACGAUCUGUUCAAUCUUGCCCGCGCUGACAUCGUGAGCUAUGAGCGGGCACUCGAUCUGUUGGACUACCUUCGAAAGGAAACGGAGUUCCUGCCCUGGUUGGCCGCAGCCAAUGGUCUGUCGACGCUAUCCCUGAAGAUCCAUGAAGAAGAUGAAGCUCUAUUCACGAAUUAUGUGUUGGAUCUGUUCGCUGAAGCCUACGAACUGGUUAAAUUCCAAGUGCCCACCAACUCCGAACGUCGAGUACAUACUUAUCUGCGCCGCCUGGUACUAGACUGGACUUGCCGAUACGGGCACGAAGCCUGUAGUAAGGAGGCGUUGAGAGAGUUUGAGAAUCUGCGCCUUAAUCCCCAAACUAGCAAAGUACAUCCCGAUAUUCGUCAGACGGUGUACUGCGAGGGUGUGCGGCGUGGUACGAGCGAACAAUAUAACUUCUUACAGACCCGCUACCUUAGCACCAAUGUAGCCACCGAGCAACAGCUGGCACUACAGGGGCUGAGUUGUGCGACGCGAGAGACACUGAUCCAUCAAUUCAUGAACCUUACUAGCUCGGAAGAUGUACGGCAACAGGACAAGAGUACUGCACUAUCACUGCUUUUGGCUAAUCCAAGCUCACUACCAGCUGUGGUAUCUUAUCUGACGGAAAACCAUGGCCAUUGGGCGGAUGCACACGGUUCAUAUCGGUAUGUUGGACAAGCAUUCCAAGGAAUACUGGUCCGAACGAAGAGCGUUUCCCUGAAGGAUACCAUCCAAACGUUCGCUCAAACCAACGAGCAUGUGCUGGGGCCAGAGGCGUACAGCAUGAUCAUCAAUGGAUUGGAGGAAUACGAGCUCAAUGAACAGUUUAUUCUUAAUCACCGUGACGGUAUCCGUGCGUUCUUGAAGCGGAAAGAUCGUAGCGCCGCAACGGUCACUACUGCCAGCACCAUCGGAAUGGUGUCCUGCUUGACACUGUUGAUCAUCGGUAGAUUGGCAGAUCAUUUGGGGCCCCGUAAGAGCAGUAGCGUCAGGAUGAGAUUAGUGGACAGGUUAGUACUGGUGGCCAUCGUUGCCUGUGGUUGUAUUGUUGUCUCGCAGUCGAGCCCACUGGAUCCGGACCGGUAUCUGCUGGUCGAGGCUGAACCACGGGCUGCGCUCGAGGACUAUCGGUUGAACGAAGAAGUGUGGCCAUCGCACUAUGACAUUGAGAUCACACCAUACUUUGUGGCUGAAGGCACCAAAACAGCGUUCACAUUCGAUGGCAGAGCAUCGAUAACGGUCAAAACGACACUCACCGGCAUCAGUACAAUAAAGCUGCACAUGGCGCGAAUGGAGAUCACCUCAUGGAGCAUCACCCGCGUACAGGGUGGGGCGGAUGUCCCACGCAAUCCCGAGGCUUACGAUCCUGAAACGGAAAUCCUAACCCUUUCGAUGCCCACACCGCUCACUCCGAACGAAGAGUAUCAGCUGAACUUCGUGUACAUCGGCAAUAUGGAUGAGGAUAUGCAUGGAUUUUAUCGUAGCUACUAUCUCGUGAACGGAGAGAAAGUUUGGAUGGGUUCUACACAGUUCCAACAAACACAUUCUCGGCGAGCAUUCCCAAGCUUUGAUGAACCACGCUACAAGGCAACAUGGUCGAUAAAGAUCAUCCACACCCCGCAAUACAACGUGUUCUCCAACACGCCAAUUAUUAGCGCGAUAUCGAAUGGUGCAGGACGAACUAUCACCACUUUUGCCAAAACACCGGUCAUGUCGAGCUAUUUGGUAGCUUUCAUCGUGGCACCGUACGAGACAACAUCCCGCGACGAGAUGGGUAUUCUCGCCCGUCCUCAAGCCCAAAACCAGACCGCCUACAGUCUAGACGUUGGAUUGCAGCUGCUCCGUGCGUUGGGUGAUUUCGUCUCCUAUCCAUACACGAGUGUUCCCGAAAUGUCGCGCAUGUAUAUGGCCGCCAUACCGGACUUUUCGGCCGGUGCCAUGGAAAACUGGGGUCUGCUAACGUACCGUGAGACAAACAUCCUCUACCGGUCAGACGAUUCGACCAGCAUGCAGCAGCAGCGCAUUGCCGCCGUCAUCUCGCACGAGAUCGCUCACCAGUGGUUCGGUGAUCUGCUCACGUGCGAAUGGUGGGAUGUAACAUGGCUCAAUGAAGGCUUUGCCCGGUACUUCCAGUACUUCGGAACGCAGCUGGUCGAAAAGAACUGGGAUCUGGAGCAUCAGUUUGUGGUAGAGCAGUUGCAAGGAGUGAUGCAGAUGGACAGUCUAAGGAAUACGCGCCCCAUGACACACCCAGUGUACACACAGGCUCAGGCUAGCGGUGUCUUCGAUAACAUCUCUUACAACAAGGGUGCCGUAAUGUUGCGCCUUCUCGAACACCUGCUUACCCCCGAACGCUUCCGAACGGCAUUGCGAGAGUACGUACGGGAUAACGCUUACCGUACGGUUCGUCCGGACAACUUCUUCGCUGUGCUGAAUCGCUUUGAGGCGACGGUCAAGAUGCACCUAGAACCAUGGACGGUACAGGGAGGAUACCCGCUAGUCACCGUCACGAGCACCGAUAAAGGAUUCACGCUUACGCAACGGCGUUUCCUGGUGGACGAACUGACUCAUAACGAUGAUACUCUGUGGUCUCUGCCCAUUACUUACGCCACUAAGGAAGCGGACUUCGCCAACACGCAGCCUACGUUCCACGAGGGUGCCACGAUAACGCUAGAAGUGGCAGGUGCCGCCGAUGCGCCAUACUUUAUCCUCAACAAUCAGCAGAUUGGCUACUAUCGAGUCAACUAUGAUGCUGGACUUUGGGGAAAGAUUAGCAAGGCUCUGCAUAGCGAACGCUUCGGUGGUAUCCACGUGCUGAACCGAGCGCAACUGGUCGACGAUCUGUUUAAUCUGGCCCGUGGUGAUGUCGUCCCGUACGGAACGGCACUCGACAUUCUCGAGUAUCUGAAGGAAGAGACCGAAUAUGCUCCCUGGUUGGCAGCGGUCAAUGGACUUACGACGUUGGCCCGUCGUGUACACGAGGAAGAUGAGCAGCUGUUCAAGCACCACAUCUUGGAUAUUUUCAGCAAAGUGUACGGUGUGGUGAAGUUCCAGCCAACGGCCACCAAUGAACGCCGCGUCCACACCUAUCUGCGACAGAACGUGCUGCAGUGGGCAUGCAACUAUGGACACGAGGAGUGCAGUGAAGCAGCUGUUAAGGAAUUUGAAAGAUUUUUCCAGAAUCCUACCAUCAAAGUAAACCCCGAUUUGCGCCAGGUCGUGUACUGCGAGGGGAUCCGCAAGGGCACUAGAGAACAUUUUGAGUUCCUGUGGAACCAAUAUCUUACUAGCAAUAUGGCCACGGAGCAGAUUCUGAUCCUGCAAGGUCUGGGUUGUGCAUCAUCCAAGGAGUUGGUCAAUAUAAUGUUGGAUGCCAUUACGACCGAGAACGUCCGGCCGCAGGACAAAAGCAAUGCGUACACGUACGUCAUUAACAAUGCAUACACUCUGCCCCACGUGUCAGCGUAUCUGCAGCAGAAUCACGCCAUUUGGGCCGCAGCGCACGGCAGCUACUUGAAUGUAGCAUCGGCAUUCAAUAAUUUGCUUGCCCGUUUGAAGAACGACGCUGAGAAGGACAAGAUCAGCGCGUUCAUCGAGACCAACAAGGCUGUGCUUGGUACGGCAGCAUACGAUUCGAUUAAGCGCGGAUUGGGUGAUUACGAAACCAACAAGCAGUUCACCACGAAGAACCGUGACGAAAUUCGGGACUUCCUGAAGAAGAAGGCUGACGGUGGUGCCGCAACCGUGCUCACAAACGUUUCGUUGAUCGUCGGAUUGGUGGUGCUUGCUCUUUCGCGCCAGUAACGCAAAACGAACUGUGCAUAGUAGAGAUUAUGGCAGCAUAUCCAAAAUAAACUGUUUAUAAAAAUAUUUGAUCGUUUCUCGAAU